AUGAACUCCCUAGAUGCUGCCGAGCGCGUCAAUCUGGGCAAACGUUACAUUAUUGCUGCCUGGGUCGUCAGUGGCCUUCAACACUUGAUCACACAACAUGAAUCCAUACAUUCUGCUCGUACAGCAGAGGAAAUCGGUGGUGAUACAGCCGUGCGUUUGUGCCGUCUUCGUGAGGACUAUCGUCAGUCGCGAUUGGCGGUGCCCCUCAUUUCGGCUAUGGGGCAAGUCUGCCCGGAGGAGUUGAGAGCUUUGGGGUUGGGAGAUGAUUUUCUUGAGCCACCUCCCCGGCUGUCGGAUGUGAAAUUUGACUGUCCUCCCCCGUCUGAUGGUCCAGAUGGCAAAAUGCGAUUUCGAGGAUGGCGAAUUAGGCUUUCAUCUUUCGUUCUUUUGUAA